AUGUGGGAGGAGUCGAAUCGCCUCAAAACAUCGGCCACAUUAGGGCACGUAAAAUGCGCGUUGCCGUAAGGGAGAAACCAAAAAGCGGCUAUUAAGAGGGGGAGCCUCACCGGAAGGGUUCGUGCCUUUGCCUCUGACUAGUUUGGCGCCUGUAGAUUUUUUUUUCUUUGGUUGACACAAUACCGGCUAAUUAUCCCCUCCGGACCCAGCGAGGGAUCCCAAGCUGUGUGGAUAGUGUUGCUCACCAGUGCAGUCAGAAUGGAAGAGAAUGCAGCGAGGACCGACGAUAAUGGGAAUACACCCCUGCCUCCAGUAAGGCUUCCUUCAGCACAUAUGGCUCUACUGGUACUCCUAGCGAGAAGAAGAAAACUGAGAAGACAAGAGGCAGCCAGGCAAAAGCGACUAUGGAUUCAUCCUGUAAUCAGAAUGAAGCAAGAAAAGGGUCAUUUCAACAUGUUAUAUGCAGAUCUUCGCAGAUGCCCUGAUAAAUUUCAAGAGUUUAUCAAAAUGUCAACAUCUGCAUUUGACGGAUUGCUUGAUCUUAUGAGACCCCUACUUACUAUGCAGCAAACCUUACUGAGAAGGUGCAUCAGUCCGGAGCAGCGGCUGCUCAUAACUCUACGGUUCUUGGCAACUGGGGAGACAUAUUCUUCACUUCAUCAGCUGUUCCAUGUGGGGAAAUCUACAAUUUCUGGGAUUGUGAGAACCACUUGUGAACUGAUCUUUCAGAAUUUGCGGUCUUCUGUGAUGCCUACUCCCACCCAAGAGACAUGGCUGCAGAUUGCAGAGGGUUUUGAAAGUGAAGCUUCUUUCCCCAACUGCAUUGGUGCGGUCGAUGGGAGACAUUUACGUGUGCACCAACCACCGCAUUCUGGCUCCAAAAGCUUUAGCAAUAAGAAGUACUUCUCUGUGGUUCUUAUGGGAGUGGCAGAUACAAAGUAUAAGUUUGUUGCAUUUGAUGUAGGUGCGUAUGAUAGUACAGGAGAUGCCAGAGUGGUUGAAGCAUCACAGAUUAAGCAGAAAAUGCUGCAUGAGGAGGGGUGUUUGCCACCCUCAAGGCCUCUUCCAGGUACGACUCAGCCAGUGCCGUUUGUUAUGGUUUCAGAUGAAGCUUUCAGCGUAACUCACUGCCAGCUGCGCCCAUUCCCCAAAAAAGGUUUGGACACUCAAAGAAGGGUCUUUAAUUAUCGCCUUAGCCGGGCACGGAGGUACAUUGAGGGUGCCUUUGGAAUAUUGAUUAAAACAUAUAGGAUCUUUGGCUGUUCUAUACAGUUGGAUGUCGCCACAGUUGAUGCAGUUGUUAAGGCAUGCUGCAUCCUGCACAACUAUGUGAUAGGCCAUGAUGGUUAUAACGCAGAUGCAGAAGCCAAUGUGCCAUCUCUUGGCACUGCAAUCAACUGGCAGACAUCUGAGCCCGAUGAUUCAGGAUUAGAUGUCAGGGAUCACUUUGCUGAUUAUUUUAUGACACCUGAAGGAUCUGUGCCUUGGCAAAUGGCAUGUGUAGGUGGGACAACCUAACCAGUAAUGGUGGAGCUUCUUUACUUUUUUCAUCCAUUAUGUAUGAUGCCUUAAUUCAAGGUUUCUUUGCUCUCAAGCAAUCUGUAUUUUAUUUGCCAUUUUGUAUACAUAAAAUGUGUAGCUAUUUUUUGUUACUUAUUCUCUUGUGUUAAAGAAAAUGUAGAAACUACAUGACUGUCUGUUAACUGAAUUUGGACAUCAGUACAUUUCAUUAUCCUGAGACACUCAACAAAAAGGACACCCCAUGACGCUGUAUUUGUUUUUCCUUGUACAUUGAAAGCUGUGGUCUGACUGUGUGUAGUUGUGUCCAUUUAUUAUUUGAAGUCUUAUGUUUCUAUAUAAUAAGCAGUUGAUGGGAAGGAGGAGCAUGUGAGCGGAUGCACGCCGCUCACCCUCUAUCUGACCAAGCUGCAAGAGGAAACGCUGGGACCUGGGAUGCAGCGCUGAGGCGUGGAGAUGUUAAGGAGAUCGGAGGAGGAAGAGCUGUGGAUGGGGGACAAAGCUGUGGGCAGAGGACAACGGCAAAGCAAGAUUAGAAAUAGGUUUGCAGAGAGAGAUCAAGGGCUGGGCCUUUCAAGCAGAGGGCUAGGCAUGAGAAGUCACCGCAGACGGAAGAGUACAGCUGAGAGAGCCGGUGGCGCAGGGACACUGAGGAUAAGGUCAGAUCUGGUCCAUUAAUUUGACUUAGAACUGCUGAACUGGAGUCUAUAGACUGUGGGGACUGGUUGCAGAGACAGUGUAUACUAGAGAGGCUUUUUUUUCUUUUAAGCUGUUGCCCCCUGAAGGUUUUGUUGACUAUUUGGUUUCUUUUCAUCCAGAUAUCAUAAGGGAUUUUGGUGCCCUCUCACCCUCUACUCUGCUUUGGAUUUUUCUUUUUCCUCCCCUUGUCAUGGUGGUCCCAAGAGAGGAGGGUGUUGAUAUGUCUGUGGGAGAGGUAGGAGUGCUGGGACUGUGAAGUAUCCUGAGGUAAUAACUGCUGAGGAAUGCUAAGGCUGGGUUCACACCACGUUUUGUACUUACGGUUCCCGUA